UAUUGUUUACUUGCGACCACACUUCUGUUUCUGUUCCACUUUCUAGGUUAGUGUGUUGCUUAGUCGAAAUUUCACAUGGAAAUUUGCUGGUAGAAGGUUUAUAUUUUGAAUACAAAUAACUUACUGCAAUAUAGCGAACAGUUAUGGAUCGGUUAGCUUCCAUUACUCGGCAUUUAAAUGCACCGGUUGCAUCUGGACCAAGAUUCCCUUCGAUGAACUCCGAGGCUGUGGGCAGACAGGUGUUCAGCGAAAACCAUGAGCCUAGGACCAUAAACUCCGGUGUAAGCAUGAACCAUACAGCUGGAAGAGGAAGACCCGAUCCUGAAGAUAUUGUUGUAGUCUCAGCAAAGAGAACACCUAUAGGAAAAGCUAAUAGAGGUUCUUUUAAGGAUACAUAUCCAGAUGAUUUAUUAGCUCCUGUUUUUCAAGCUGUACUUGCUGAUGCAAAACUAGAUCCUAAAUUAGUUGGCGAUAUCGUCAUUGGCAACGUAUUGAUGCCUGGUGCUGGUGCUCAUCUCACUCGCGUGGCACAAUUCAGAAGUGGUAUUCCUUACAAUGUUCCAUUGACUACUGUGAAUCGGCAGUGUUCGUCAGGUCUGCAGGCAGUUAUGAAUGCUGCUGGUGGUAUUAAGAGUGGCGUAUAUGAUAUUGCUAUUGCUGGCGGUGUUGAAUCCAUGUCAAAAUAUAAACAGCCUUCAGAUCCAAGUCAGUUGAAUCCUAAGAUAUUUCAAAGCAGCGACGAACAAGACCUUCUAGUUCCAAUGGGCAUUACUUCGGAAAAUGUAGCAGAGGAGUUUGGAAUUUCAAGAGAAGAACAGGACCUGAUGGGAUAUGAAUCUCAGAUGAAAGCUGCAAGAGCACAAAAGUUGGGACUUUUUGAUGAUGAAAUUGUUCCAGUGAAGACAACGAUUGUUGACAAGAAUGGAGAUGAACAUGAAAUUACGGUUACAAAAGAUGAUGGUGUAAGAGCGCAAACAACAAAAGAAGGCCUAGCCAAGCUAAGACCAGCCUUCAAGCAAGGAGGAACUACGACAGCAGGUAAUUCAAGUCAAGUGAGUGAUGGCGCUGCAGCUGUGGUAAUUGCCAAAAGAUCUGCAGCAGAAAAACAUAGACUACCAAUCCUAGGCCGACUUGUAUCAUUUGCUGUGGUAGGCGUUCCACCUCAUAUAAUGGGCAUUGGGCCUGCUUUUGCCAUCCCCGAAGCCCUGCUAAAAGCUGGCCUGACUAUUGAUGACAUAGAUGUUUAUGAAAUCAAUGAAGCAUUUGCUAGUCAGGCAACUUAUUGCAUCAACAAAUUGGGAAUUCCAAAGGAGAAAUUAAAUCCACUAGGUGGCGCCAUUGCAUUGGGUCAUCCAUUGGGAUGUACUGGUGCAAGACAAAUAUCAACACUUCUUUAUGAACUCAAGAGGAGAGGCAAACGAGCAUAUGGAGUUGUAUCCAUGUGUAUUGGAACUGGAAUGGGAGCAGCUGCAGUGUUUGAAUAUCCAGGACGAUAAAGAAAUAUCCAUAAUACUUCAAUAAGAAAUAAUCAACAGUGGUGGCAACAGACUGCGAUUCAGGAAUAUAUAUUGCAUCCCACAGAAGCCGUGUUUAAUGAAUUUGAAUUGAGCAACCAGAUAAAAGGAACAAUUUUAUGAUGGCAUCACUGAUUAUAUAUGGCUUGAAUGAUAUUACAUGAAACAUUUAGUGAUGAGGAAAUUCUCAACAUGAAUUAAUUAAUUAUCAUCGUUAGACCGGUCAAUCAUGUUGAUUUUAUAAAUUUAUAUUUUUUUUUUUUGAAGUGGGUGUUCCGUUUCUGUAUGGACCAUAUGGUUCCUUUAAUAAAAAAUGACUUUAUUUACAGAUGGACUUUGAAAUAUAAUUAUAUAUUAAAAAUGAAUAUGAAAAUUGAUUUUAUAAUUUGUGUUGUUAAUUCUUUUGGCAUCUUUAUGAAUUUUUAUUUUAUAGAUAGUAUUUUAAUUAAGAUAUACUGGCUGUGAUUAAAUCAAGAAAACCAUCAACAAUAUAAUUAAAAUAUUGAA